AUGGGCCGCAUUAAUACCAUUGACGGCGGUGCGCCCAUCACUAACAUGUCUCACAGGGCAAGAAAGCGCUAUGCACGCGCUAACCACCCCAAUGAAAUUUGUAACAUCCGCUACGAGAAAUCCGCCAAACUCCCAAAAUCAGGCUGGGCGCCCAUCACCUUCUCUGAGGAAGAGGAGCGCGGAGUACACCUGCCCCAUGAUGAUCCAUUCCUAAUCGACGCCAUACUCGAUAGAUGGUCAGUGGGAAGGAUCCUUGUUGACAGUGGGUCCGCUGUCAGUGUCAUAUUCAAUAACUGCUACAGCAAACUCCAGCGGAACAGAAAAUUGCUUCAGGACCACGAGCCGCUCCUCAGUUUCUCCGGGGAUGUGACUCAGCCACUUGGUUCUGACUAUAUGCGACUAAUUAUCGGCGCUAGUCUACACACAGCGGAGAUACACACUGAAUUCAUCGUGGUCGAUUGCUUCAGUUCAUAUAACACCAUCAUUGGGCGGCCGACACUAAACAAACUCAAAUGCAUCAUAGCCGGAUACAUGCUUCUCAUGAAAUUCCCCACCCCCAAUGGGACAAGAUGUGUAAAGGGAAGCCAGCAGCUGGCACGAGAAUGUUAUUCAAUAACUGUAGCCCGAUCAGCACGCCGCCAUGAGAUCCUGAUAGUGGGCGGCCAGGCACCAACGCCAAAUAUUUUUGAGGACCCUAGGGAGGAGGAGAAAAAAUAUGUGAAAAAGGAGCCUGUCAACCCAGAGACUUCCCUGGAUGUUGUCAGCAUCUCCGACGAACAUCCUCAGUGGACAGUCCACAUAGACGCUCAACUAGCCCAGAGAUAG